UUGGGUUGUGUUACAUUUUUUGCCGGUGCUGCUUAUGGUGCUCUUUUCCCGUGAUGCAGACACUAGUCUUCUGCUUUCUCCCAAGGAAACUAAUAUUGUUGCUCAUAAGGAUGAAAAAGCAGUGUUACCAUGCUUAUCAACUAGUAGUAGCGUCAAUAUAACACUAUUCACGGGCGUAUAUUACUGGUCAAUGAAAAGGGUUUACCUAGGAAAACAACCACAUCGUAAUCAGACUGUGACAUAUGACCCCAAAUUGGGGUUCAUUUUGGACCCUGUCACUGAAGAGGACACCAAUUUCUUCAGGUGUAAAGGAACAAACAGGAGGCAGUCUUACAACUCAAUGCUCCCUUACAGUGAAAUGGAAAUGGGAUUGGGAGAUUCAGAGUUAAUAAAAUUCACUUUGGAUGUCAACACAGGACAUCUGCUGGCUGCUCCUAAUAGCAGGACCAUUAUUGUUAAGGAAGGCAGUGAAGCUGUGUUGCCAUGCAAACCACAUACAUCUGAGGCCAAUGUUACAUUGUACAGGGAACAUUUUAACUUUGAAGUUGUGAAACUGGGAAGACAUCGUAAGUAUGAACGGCAUGGUGAGGAUGAUGAUGAUGAUUAUUAUGAUGAUGAUCAUAAUGAUGAUGAAGUGCGGAUUUUGUCAUAUGAUUAUAAGAAAGGAUUCAACUUCAGUACAGUUUAUUUUUCUGAUGAUGCAACUUACAAGUGUGAAGCUAAGUCACAGGACCAAAAGGAAGUUAUGUAUUUCUAUAUGCAUAUUGAGGAGGUUCACCUUCUCCGUGGGACUCAGGUGCACCAUAUAUAUUUUUUCAAAGAUGAUAAUGUAACAUUACCAUGUAUGCCAAGCAACCACAAUGUCAGUUUAACACUGUACCACUCAGCCACCAGAGAGGUGGGUAUUAACCACUCAGCUGCCAGAGAGAUUCCUGUGGAGUCCACUGAGUGUUGCAACCUGACAGUGACUUAUGACCCCAAUGUGGGGUACACUCUAAAACAUGCCAGUAUGUCAAAUGCUGGGACAUACAGAUGUGAAGCCAAGUUGAGGGCUCAUGAGGAAUAUGAGUUCUUCUAUGUUCACUUCAACAGUAAACGACUUCUGAAGCAGAUUGAUAAUCGUCAUAUAUAUCCUAAUGGAAGUGGGCAUGCAGUGAUACCAUGUACAACAGAUACCCCUGAUGUCAAGGUGAAACUCUAUAGGGAGAUAGCGCCUGGGCUUUCUAGAUUGGUACAACGAAGGAUGAUGUAUGGUGGCGAGACUGUGGAGUACAACCACACUGUGGGUUAUACUGUGCAUUAUUCUGUCAACACAGAAUCCGUCCAUUUCGUGUGUACAGCUGAAUUGGGACAGGACCAUGACUCAUUAGACUUCUAUUGGCAUGGUGAGAGCCUAGAGGAGAGUCUACUGCUUCGUACUGCUAGCAACAUUAUACUAGCUAAUGAAGAUGAUAAAGCUGUUGUGCCAUGUCGGUCACAUGAUGCUGACACUGAAGUACAGUUAUUUAUUGGACGAUCAUAUUUGAAACGAAGAAAGAUACAAAUGGGACAACAGCCACAUCGGAAUCAGAUUGUGACAUAUGACCCAAUGGUGGGGUUCACACUGGAUCCUGUUAGCCACCUGGAUUCAAGCUGGUAUAAGUGUAUAGCUACAUUAAGCUCACAAAGGCAGGAUAUGGAUUUCUACUUGGAAGUCCAUGAACCACCAAGUAUAACUGAAACCAACCUAAGUGUUGACAAGAACUUGGUAGCAAAUUUUGGAAGUAACAUGACAAUGUUCUGCAAGUCAAAGGGAAUGCCAUACCCAGACACCUUCUGGUUUAAGCAGGAUGGCAUACCUGUGGUAACUGAUGCAAGUUAUGAGCUGGGAGGCAGAAACCAGUCUCUAAUCAUCAAACUUGUCCAGCCAGAACAUGAAGGGAUGUUUAGCUGUUUGGUGGAGAAUGAACUGGGUACAGAGCAAGCUGAAGGGAACCUUACCAUCUCUGAGAUACCACCAAGAGUAACCAGAACCAAUCUGAAUGCAAGUCAGAACAUAGAGUUGAAUGACAACCUAACCAUUUUCUGCAAGUCAAAAGGGAAACCAGAAACAAAAACUGUCUGGUUCAAAGAUGGUAAGCCUGUUGUUACUGAUGCCAAUGUAGAACUGGGGGAGAGGAACCAGACACUGACUAUCAACGCUGUGAACCUGGAACAUUCUGGCAUGUACCAGUGUAAAGUCUGGAACUCACUUGGUGAAGCAUAUGCAGAAGGGAAUGUCACUGUUUCAGGCAUGGAGCCAGCAAGAAUAACUGACACAAAUCUCAAUGUCUCCCAGGACCUUGAGGUGAAGCUUGGAGAGACCCUAACAAUGGUCUGCAGGUCACAAGGAAACCCAGAACCAAAAACUCACUGGUUAAAGGAUGGUAAUCCUGUGGAUUCUGACAGCACAAUGAAGCUGAGCCACAGAAACCAGGAGCUGAACAUUGCAGAGGUGAAGAUGGAACACAGAGGAACAUACUGCUGUGUGGUGGAUAAUGGACUGAAAAAAGUGCAGGUGGAGGGGACUGUUACCAUCAAUGAGCCAGCAAAGAUAAUUGAAACAAAUCUGAAUGUAAGCCAGGAUAUUGCGGCUGAGGUAGGGACCAAUUUGACUAUGUUCUGCAAGUCGGAAGGAAACCCACCACCACAAAUUACAUGGUUCAAGGAUGGCAAGCCAUUGGACAAGGACAGCACAUUCGAGCUGAAAGACAGCAACCAGACACUCGUGAUCAAAGGAGUGAGGCAGGAAAUGAAGGGAUUGUAUCGCUGUGUGGUGCAUAACAAGCUGGGCGAAAUGCAGAUAAGACAAGUUGUCAAUGUUACAGGCGAUUCAACAAACUCUGCAAGAGUUAUAACUGUCAUAGUAGUAUUCACACUUGUUGUGGUCAUGCUGGUUGGAGCCACUGUGAUUUACAUCCGAAGUGAUGGGGUGUUUUCCACAUUGCGACAAUACAUGAAACUGAACAAGCCAGAGGAAUGCAUAGAAGAACCCAGUGAAUUCAGUGAGAGGUUGGAAGAGGAGUAUUUCAGAAGCGCAAGCGUACACAGAGAAAUGAAUGAUUACAGUAACCUCAUAGUCUCAGAGUGUCUACCAGAAGUAUCAAGACCUGCACUUCAGUUUUUAGAUGAUGAGGAAAGGAAUGCCCAAUCAGUCGGAAAGUCAGAUGGGGUUAGCAUCAUUCCUCCAUGUGCCUCAGCAGUUCGUUCUUUGGAAAUGAAAACUAUAUAACAUGAUAGCAUGAGACACAAACAGCUUAAAAAGUCUAGUGAGCUUUUUUAUUAUGAUUAUUAUUCAGUGAUUUUAUUAACUGUAAUGAUUAUUUGGUGUGAAACAGAAAGGAGGAAGGGGGUGAUUUAUUCAGUAUUAUUGAUCAUAACAGUUAGAUAAAUAAAGAACUGUCUUGAGGAAAUAUGAAAUAUGUUGGGUGUUUCUCUUUCAUUUACCCCGUCACCAAACGCCUUUCUUCUUGCAUAUGGAGUGAUCAAAUAAUUUGUGGAUUGUACAUUUUUCACUGGGAUAACUGAACCUAUUCUGUACUCCAUGCUGUCCCAUUCAAAGUUGUUCUCUAGUGACUUGCUGCAGUGAGCUCAGCGAUUGUGCAAUUCCUAAAAGUUUCUCCACAGUUCCUUGUAUUUGGAACUUGACACAUGCAGCCUGCAGUUUUCUUGAAUUGUGAAGUUAUAAAUCCUGAUCCUCUUCAGUUCAAGCUUGAGU